AUGAAAUUAGCUCCAUUACUUAUUGGACUUAUAACCUCCUUAUCCCUCGUCCAUGCCGACGACGACGAUGAAUCCAGCAGUACCACUGCCACCUCCAACAGAAACCCAUGUUCAUUCAGUAGAACCACCAUUACUCAAUCCACCGGAGUUCAAGAAAUCAACUCAUGUGCUACAUUAGAUGGUGAUAUUACAAUUAGUGGUUCUGAGAUUGAAAUACUUGAUUUACCAGGUAUUAGACAAUUAGAGGGUAGUUUAACUGUGAUUAACUCCCCCACGAUUUUGAAUGUUAAUUUCUUACUGUUGGCUAAUAUUACUGGUGCUUUGAAGAUGCAGAAUAUGACUAGAUUGGUGAAUGUUCAAUUACCUGCCUUGAAUAUUUCUAAGGAUUUACAAUUGGUUAGUUUACCUUCUUUGGAAGUUUUGGGUUUAAAUUCUGAAAUGUAUAGUAUUGAAAAAGUUGUUUUGUCAGAUACUGCUUUAAGUGAUAUAAAUGGUUUUAAUGGAUUUGAAAAUAUUCAUAAUAUGAAUAUUAAUAAUAAUAAGAAUAUUACAAGAUUAAAUUUUGGUAAUUUAAAGACAGUUACUGAAAAUUUGAUUUUAUCAUUUAAUCAUGAUAAUGCUAUAGUUGAAAUGGAUGAAUUAAUUUGGGCUGCUAAUUUAACAAUUCAAGAUGUUGCUGGUGUUAGUCUUAAGAAUUUGACUAAUGUUAAUGGUUCAUUAAGUUUAAGUUUUAAUACUUUUGAAUCAUUAGAUUUAGAUUCUUUAACUAAUGUUGGUACAUCAUUACAAAUCUUUGCUAAUGAUGAUUUAACUGAUUUAUCCGUUAAUAAUUUAACUGAAAUUUCUGGUGAAUUUAAAAUGUUUAAUAAUACUGCUUUAGAAGAUAUGAAUAAUACAUUUACUUCAUUAAGAAGAGUUAGAGGUGCAGUUAGUAUUACUGGUGUAUUUGAAACUUUAGAAAUGCCAAGUUUAGAAAGAGUCGAUGGAGAUUUCAUGAUGACUUCAACUGAUGAAGAUUUUAAUUGUGAUGCAUUUGAUGAAUUACAUGAUAGAGGAGAUAUUCAAGGUCAUAAUUAUGAAUGUGCAGCUCAAAAAUCAGAAGCAUUUAGUUCUGAUGAAGUUGAUAGUGAUGAUGAUUCAAAUGGUGGUAGUGGAGGUAGUGGUGGUAGUGGAUCGGGUAAUUCAAGUGCUGGUGAUAAGUUAUUUGUUCCAAGUGUUUUGUUAUCAAUCAUUGUUGGUAUCUUAGCUAUUAAUUAUGUUUAA